AUGCCUAAAAAAACGAGAUCAAAAAAUCAUAGUCAUGGAGGUGUAUCACGUCAAGGUAAAGUAUUAAAAACAAAACGAAAAACUAAAGAUAUCGAUGAAAUUCAAAACCAUAUGAUACCAUUGAAAGCUAAAGAGCUUUUGAAUCAAGCAGUAGAUUAUGACUUACCUGGAUUAGGGCAGAAUUAUUGCCUUUAUUGUGCUCGCCAUUUUAUCAAUGACUCUGAUCUACAACAUCAUAUAAAAAGCAAAGUUCACAAAAGACGUGUGAAAGAACUACAAACAGAGGCCUUCACUAGUAAAGAAGCAGACCAAGCUGCUGGAAUUGGCAAUUAUGAGACACCACGAAAAAUUUUUGUUCCAUCAGAUCCAAAAAGUUUAUACGCAAUGGACAUAGAAACAACAAUUAUGUCGAACGUUCUUCGACCUGGUUAUAAUCCCGGUAAUAAUAAACCGUUUGUUAAAAAUAAUUUAGCCGAACAGUUAAAAACCUUUUAUGGCUAUCGUAAAAAUGAACAACGAUUUAUGGAAAAACCGAAUCCAUUACCACCUCCAGUAUUUCGUGCUAUCAAAACUACACCGUUAUCGUCAUCAUCAAAUAUUUCAACAUCAUUUCCGCCUCUACAACGUCAGACGUCUUCAUCAUUAUUCAACUCCGGUAUUCAAGGACAAUCACCUUCUCUAAUGUCAACAGCAUCAUCAUCAUCAUCAUCAUCAUCAUCAUUUCCUGGUUCAAUGAACAAUUCGAAUAUUCCAGUGAAGCAAGAACCAUCAUCACCUAACAUAAAACCAAAACCAUUGAGUAAUUUAUGCAAUCUGUCAUUGAGUUUAUUAGAUAAAUCAGUUGCUCCAAAACCGAAUUGUGUUGAUUCAAAUGUGUCAACAAACAAUCAAAACAAUAAUAUCAGUACACAAAUCGAUGAUAUAUCAAAUUUUGAAGAUGAAUUAUUCAAUGAUUGGGGUUCUAUAGCAGAUAAACCAUCUCGUCCUACAUCAAUGCCUAAUAAUCUUUCGACUGAUGAUUAUUUUGUCGAUGAAAUUAUUAUCGAUGACGAUGAAGAAGUACAAGAUCAAGAAGAAGAUGAUGACGAAGAACCAUCGGCACAUACCCUCACCACAACUCAGUCAGGUAGUGACACAGAAUUUGAAGAUUAUAGUCAUACGCGUUCGAUCGAUGAUGAUGACGAUGAUGAUAAUGAUUUCGACGAUUCACCAAAUUCGAAAAGGCAGCGUACAGGUCAUACUCAACAAUCUCAAACAACGAUACAACAACCGUAUAAAGUAAAAUGGUUAACAUCUGAUGUUGAGGAUCAUGGUCCUGAAUUUGUCAAAGACUUUCCCCAUACAAAGAGUAUGCUGGAUGUGUUUCAUAGCGUAUUUGGUUUAAAAAAAUUUCGACAUAAUCAAAGAGAAGCAGUUAAUGCUGCACUAGAGGGUUAUGAUUGUUUCGUUUUGAUGCCAACGGGUGGUGGUAAAUCAUUAUGUUACCAAUUGCCGGCUGUUCUUGAUCAAGGAGUUACAUUCGUUGUAUCACCAUUGCGUUCAUUAAUAUUAGAUCAAAAACAAAAAUUAUUAUCGUUGGGUGUCGCUUGUACUGCGCUAACGGGCGAUAUUACAAAAUCAGAAGCGGAUGAAAUUUAUCGUGAAUUGUAUAAACAUGUACCAGGUUAUAAAAUUGUCUAUAUAACACCAGAAAAAAUUAAACACAGCGAACAAUUAGAAAGACUGUUAAAAAGUUUAUAUGAUCGAAAUUUAUUAUCAAGAUUUGUUAUUGAUGAAGCACAUUGUGUUAGCGAAUAUGGUCAUGAUUUUCGUCCCGACUAUCUUAAUUUAGGACAAUUACAUGUAAAAUAUCGAAAUGUUAAAUUUAUUUUAUUGACAGCCACGGCAACACCACGUGUUAAAAAAGAUAUUUUACAUCAAAUGAAAAUAACAAAUGCUAAAUUAUUUAUACAAUCCUUUAAUCGUUCAAAUUUAAUUUAUGAAUGUCGACCUAAAGGCACAACGGAUAAUGCGUUGAAAAAAAUUCUUACAUUAAUUCAAGCUGAUUAUAAAAAUCAAUGCGGUAUUAUCUAUUGUUUUUCGCGAAAUGAAUGUGAGAAAACAGCCAAUUAUUUAGCAUCCUAUAAAAUAAAAGCACUGGCCUAUCAUGCUGGUCUAAAUGAUUCGAAACGAGCACAAGUACAAAAUCAAUGGGCAAACGAUGACACUUGUCAAGUAAUUUGUGCCACAAUAGCAUUUGGAAUGGGUAUUGAUAAACCAAAUGUUCGUUAUGUAAUCCAUUUAUCAAUGCCAAAAUCAAUUGAAGGUUAUUAUCAAGAAUCGGGCCGUGCUGGUCGUGACGGUGCCAUGUCUUUUUGUUAUUUAUUCUACGGUUAUCAAGAUUUAGUGAAAAUGAAACGUUUAAUAAUGAGUGAAGUAACAAUGACAUCAACAAAAGAAGCAAAAAAAAUUCGAAUUGAUAAUUUACAUCGAGUUUAUUCGUAUUGUUUAAAUAAUGCUGAUUGUCGUCGUACAUUAUUAUUAGAAUAUUUUGGAGAAGCAUUUUCAAGUCAAGAAUGUAAACGAAUAAAAGCGACAACCUGUGAUAAUUGUCGCUCGGUAUUAAAAACAAAAACAUUAGAUUGUACACAAUUAUCAAUUGAUAUUGUCAAAUUAGUUACACAACUGGUGGGUGAGGGAAAAAAAUCACGUCAAAAUAUUACACUAAAUCAAAUUAUUGAUAUUUUACGUGGAAGUAAAAAUAAAAAUAUAAUCGAAGCAAAAUAUGAUCAAUUAGCAAGUUAUAAUUCCUGUUCACAUAUGAAUAAAAUAGAUGUGGAACGUUUAUUAUCAAAACUGAUUCUCGAAGGUUAUUUAUAUCAAGAUAUUGUUGUAUUACAAGCGCAUGACUCAGCGGUGGCCUAUAUUCGUCCCGGUCAACGUGCACAUAUCGUGACAAAUCCAGCAUUUCAAAAAUCCAUUAAAAUUGAAUUAACAAUAUGUCAACAACAAGCUUCGAUGAGUGCUGAACAAAAAGAAAAACAAAAAACGCCAUUAGAUCAAUUAAUUGAUAAAUGUGUCCAAUCAUUAAAAGAUGAAUUCAAACGAAUAUGUAAUGGUGUUAAUGCAUCAUCAAUAUUAACUGAUAAAGUUUUGAAUGAUAUGGGUAAACGAAUGCCACGAACAAAAAAUGAUAUGUUAAAAAUAACAGAAGUAACAGAAGUGAAAUAUAAUCGUCAUAAUUUAGAUCGUUUAUUAUUAAUAACACAAAAUUUUGCUGAUCAACGAGAAGUAAUGAAAAGAGAAGAAGAAGCUGCUUUGAAGGCAACAAAUACUUCAAUUAAACCAAGAAAAACAAAUGAUGAUUUGAAUUUCGACGAGGACGAGGACGAAGAAAAUGAUGGUUGGUUAGGCAAAAGAAAACGCGGUGGAAGUAGAGGAAAAACAACCGGUAACCGUGGCAGAUUUUCAAAGAAGAAAACAACUGGCAACAGAAGUGCUUAUUUUGCGAGAAAAAAUGCCAUAGCUAAACGCAAUAGACAGCCAUUUUGA